AUGAGCGAAAACGUUCAACAUUGUCUUAAUAACUUUACAGUUUACCAAAACUUUUUCUUGUUUCUUUUCAUCUCCGUAGAACCAAAACCGCUCGUCACAAUCGGCAGCUCAACCGAUUUAGACACUGAGAGCUUAGACGAAAUCAAUUUGAACCCAACCAGCGACGAAACGCAAUCAGCAACCGACACCGCUGGGCUCAACGAUCCGAACGCAAACCAACUCUGGUCCGAGACGAACAAUCAGCCAUCCGAUUCAAUACUUACUCAGGCAGCGUCUUCCUUCUCUGCAUUGCCAUCGGUGGCUUCGAGUGUUUUAUCGACAUUUUCCAAACGAAUCUCUGAGUAUUCUGGCUCAAACAGUCGCGAAAGAACACCGACAAGUGAUAACGGCACCUUAGCAUCACAGUUGGAUAUACAACCAACGUACUUGCAACAGCAAUUCCCGUCACCACCACAACAACAACAACAGCAACCAUCUGUUCAAAAACAAUAUCCGUACUAUAGCAACCUACAAGUAAACGCGCCACCUACAGCAGGGGCCGCCCAGCCUACUGGUAAUCCAGUACUCGAAGCAUCGGAGAGCCACGCAGCAUCACCACCAGAACCGCCCAAAUUCUAUACACCCACGGAAUUUACAAAUCUGCCCACAGCUAAUGUACCGCCUCCACCGAUACCAGGUGGACAGAACACUUACCGUUUAGCGGCGAAGAAGAAGUUAUACGCCCCCAUACCAGGACUAUCAGAACAACCAGCAGCCCCUGUUGCUCCGACCAUAGAUCCUUUAAGCUCGACAGCUCCUUUUCAGGGCGUACCACCACUACCAACACAGACCACAUCGGUAACAGAUCCGUUUGGGUUUCCAACGCAGUUACUCAAGCAGGAAGAGCGCAAGACUGGUGGUGGUCUCUUUGCAAACAUCAGCAAUCUGGUGCCAAGUGGAGUGCUGCAAAAUAUCUCCGGUUUAGUACAAACAGCAGCAGAUACUUUUACGCAGGGCUCAAAUAAACAAUUCACUGAAGAGCAUUCACAACAACCAUACUACGGCUAUUCGGGUGCAUAUCAACAACUACCACUAGAGGUCGCAAGUGCUCCUGCAGGCCAAUAUUUUGCUACUAGCAUAGUGCCACCGCAGCCUUUCGCACCACAGUCCCACUCUGCCCUCUUAGAGGGAAACCCAUCGGCAUCUGAACUCUUUGCACCUAUACAGUUGCCACCUUCACAACAAAGUGUUUCCCAAGGGCAAGCGCCAACAACACAGCAAACUUCAAAUUUAUUUGAACAGCGUCCGACACCGUCUCUGAGCCAGCCUGCACCACCACCACCCACGUCGGGUUUUGUAGCUGCGCCACCUAAAAGCGUCCCGCCAGAGUCUAGCAAACAACGUCCAUCAGCCUCGACAACACCUAUUGCUUACUUUGAUCCCACAAAACAGACGUCUUCACUAGGUCCGCUAUUUGCGGGUGCGGAACAGCAAGAGGUCAACGCAGCACCACUCGCAGCCACUGGAAAGCCAUUUACACCAGCGGUGUUAUCGCCGCAAGAAAAUUAUCCAACAACAGCUACAGCGCCUUGUCCUUUAAACGAACCACUGAUACAGACAAAGCUUCUUACACCCGCAGAGGUGGUCCAGCAACCAUUUUCAACUGGUUUGCCAUUUAUCAAUCAAAAAGGUUUGGGUGCAAGUAACGCAGCACAUCUGCCACUAAUACCAGAAACAAGUAGCAAGGACACUACAUGUCCUCCUCAAUCGACAAGUACUUUUUUACCACCGCCGACCCAACAAAUUGUUGUCGGUAAUCAGGCGCCUCUUCCUCCAACUACCGGCGGCUCGACUUCAUUUCGCUUGCAGAAGGGUACACGGCUCUAUAAGAGUCCUCUGACCUCCGCGGAGACUGCGCCCGUCCACGUACAGCCUGAUAUAGUUCAGUCACCCGUACCACCUACAAGUUUAUUUAAUCCUUUUGGCUCGUCAGUGGCAGCAAGUGUGCCACAGCCUCUAGCUCCUUCUGCUACUCCAACUUUGGUGCCAAGUUAUUUCAUUGCUCAGCCAUCGGAAUCAAAUGUUGCACUGUUUACCGUUGAGAAGUCGGUAACGGAAGAAAAACGGGCGACAAACGACGAACAAUCACAGGCCGGUGUUACCAUUGAAGAGCAGGAUACAAUAAGAUUCACAACCGCGGAGCCGAAAACAUUGCAUGUGGCCACUACAGCAGGAGAAGUAGCGAAUGUGGAAAGUUCUAUAAGCCAAUCUUCAACAAUAAAAGACAUAGAGGCUACAAUACAGCAGCAAACUAUUGAAGCUUUCUUACCAGAAGUAUGCUCAACCGACAACACUGAAACAGAAAAACAGACAUCUACCGAAGCUGAGAAUCAAUCCGAAGCGUUGCCUGAAGCUUUAAGAAAGCUUUCAAUAAAGCUGCAGCCAUCGGAGUCAACAAUUCAUCAACAUACUUUCCAGACUCCUAAAGGAGAAGAAAAGGAAGAGGUUUUAAGUCAUAACCUUGAACAAGUGCAGCUGCCUUCAACUCAAAAUUUACCUACCCAAUUCGAAGCGCAGCAUUUGCAUGCGAAAGAACCGAACAUUGAUUCAAACUUAGUUGAAGAACCUGAAUUAAACGUUCCAACGCAAACGGCACAAGAAACCCAAUCUAACACUCCAUUAUUGGUGCAACCUCAACCAGAUACACAAAUCACGCCUGGAGUCAGCCCGAUUUUACCUCCUCGUGUGCCAAACAUCAGUCGGCCGCUAAAUAAAAAUCAAAACGCAAAUCCAUUCCGCAGAAACCUCGGUGCAUCGCCAAUCGUGCCAGGCCCUCAGUCACAGCCACAGCCACAGCCAAAGGGCGAAACUCAGCCGAAGUUAGCAAACUUCUUUGUCGAUGCGCCAGGCAUAACUGGUUCAAGUGUAACAGAUUCAUUCAAUAUAAUUACGUCUCCAGUAGAAGAUCAGUCUUUGCAACCGAGCGCCGUCGAACAUCAGCCACUUGCUUGUUCAGCGGAAAAUACACAAGAACCCGCGAUACCUACUGCUGCUGCUGCUGCAUUACCUAGUGCCGCUGGCUUCUUUGGCUAUUGCGAACAGACACAGUCUAACUUCUUUCAGCCCACACCGACUCACCAACAGCUACCCGAAUUGCCACCAUUACCGCCACAGCUUGGUAUUGCACCUCCCUCAAUUACGCGCGAGGCUCCAACUACAGCUGUUGAUAUUACAGCGACACCCCCGCUGGGUGUUCCACUUCCAAUCGGCUUUGAUAAUAUUCUACCGUCGACGUCCUUGCAGUCUACUCAGAUUGAAGCGCAAGCAGUAGUUGCGCCAUCAAUCUCAAAUACUAACUCAACAGUUACUCUCGCCGCUAUUGUCACAAACGUGCAAACAUCGUCUUCUACUGUUAGCACAACUCAAACUCAGCAGUCGGGUGUUGUAAAUUCAUUUACUUACUUCGAGCAACCUUCAAAGCAUACAACUAAAAGUAAACAAACGCAAAACGAACAACGACAAGAACAGAUAGUUCCACCAACUGUAGCGGUGCCGUCAACAGACACUUCAUCUACGGCUCAUUUCUUUGACACAUUUACACAAUCACAGUCUCAGCCGCAAUCUGAAAGUGUAUUCAAUUCGUUGUCCACUCAACAACAACAGCAACAAGGGGAACACCAACAACAUCAACAACAGCACCAAACAGUCGCUCAAUCGAACGAGGACCAACGUUUACAAAAUUUCUUCAACAAUCCACCACAACGUGAAAAUAACUCCGGUGUAGGUGACCUUGGCUACGAUUUGGUGCAUAGCGGCCUAGCCCACCGUAAUUUGGGCUCGCUUACAUCCGUUUCUAAUUUGGUAGAACCGCCUUCCUCAUCGUGCUCGGAGUUUUCAGAGUGGAAUAAUAGCAACGUGAGUGCGCGUACUUUGCCUUCUGAAGUGUUUGCCAAGCGUAGCCCUGAGAAGACUUUAACAGCCCCUAUAACACAGCAAGAAGUGCGAGUACCUGCUGAGUUCCAGCCAGCGGUGCAAGAAGUAGCUUCUGAACCAAUUGCAGUUGCAGAUUCACCACUUGCGUCUGCAGUUGCAAAUUCUGCUACCGAUUUAGCACCGGAAAAGCAUUACGAGGAUUUGCCAGAGGAGGUCUUACGUGAACUAAGAAUGGCUAGUAUGCUGCUUGGAGAGAAGGCAGCCGCGACGGUGCCACCAACGACUGUGCCCUAUUCGCCCGCAGUCAAGCAUUGGUUUUACAAGCGGCCGACGGGUAGCAACAAGUUCGUGUGGACACCAUUUAGUCACUAUGAUUCUGCUUUGUUAGAAACCACGUUAUCUAUGGGUGCCAAUUCUCCGAAUAUUGUCGCCGUCGAGGGUGGCCGCUAUGAUGUAAAUAUAAAGGAGCGUACCAAAACGGCUGUUUACUGGGAAUGUGCUCCCAUAGAGGUCAGACGUUGCUCAUGGUUCUAUAAAGGCACCGACUCCAAAAUGGUACCUUAUGAAGAGUCAAUCGCUGAUCUACUUGAAUCCGAGUAUAAACAGGCAUUUGAUAGCGGAGAAUGGCAUAAGAAGAUCGUUUUGUCUAUGCAUGAGCAGGUGACAUUCCAUGGACCCACCGUUAUUGUACAUUUUCAGCAGCAACAGUCUACCGACGCAUGGGGCGGUACUUCACAAACAACAACCCGACCUCGUGUGGUUAAGCGUGACCUUGACGAAUUCACAAUCGAACAGGGUGAAUCGGAGCGCGUCGAUCAUUUACUGCUGAUGGUACAUGGCAUUGGUUCGGCAUGCGAUUUGAAAAUGCGCAGCGUCGAUGAAGUUGUUGACGACUUUCGCAACAUUGCACAGGCUUUGGUUCAGUCACACUACAAAAAUUCAACUGAGAUGGGACUUGUAGGCCGCGUCGAAGUGCUGCCUAUUUCAUGGCAUAGCCACUUACAUUCAGAGGAAAUGGGCAUUGAUGAAAAACUGCGUUCAAUAACAUUGGAGUCAAUACCGAAAUUACGAAAUUUCACCAACGAUACACUGUUGGAUGUGCUCUUUUACACCAGUCCUAAAUAUUGUCAAAAGAUUAUGAAUACAGUGGCUGCGUCUAUGAACGAAGUGUACAAUAAAUACCGCGAACGUCAUCCAGAAUUCAAUGGCGGUGUCUCAGUCGCAGGGCAUAGUUUGGGCUCGUUGAUACUUUUCGAUUUACUUUGUCACCAAAAAGCGCCGAAGGAAACCGAGGAACAGAAUUUAGAGAAUCCCGAUCAGCUCGGCACAAGCCCCAUGGACGUCAGCAAUGACGAUCUGAGCGUUACAAGCUAUACAAUGGGCCACGCUGGUACUGGUCAGCCAUUUAUACAUUAUCCACAGCUUAAUUUUGAACCGAAAAAAGUUUUCGCAUUGGGUUCACCAAUCGGCAUGUUUGUCACCAUUCGUGGCAUUGAUAAGCUUGGCCUUGACUUUCGCCUGCCUACUUGUUCGGGCUUUUACAACAUAUUCCAUCCCUUCGAUCCAGUCGCUUAUCGCAUCGAAGCGCUGGUUAAUCCCGAUUUGAGCAAUGUGCGACCAGUACUGAUACCACAUCACAAGGGACGUAAACGUAUGCAUUUGGAGUUGAAAGAGACAAUGACUCGUGUGGGUGCUGACUUGAAACAACGGUUCUUGGAUACAUUCAAAAAUACGUUGGAAAGUGUUAAUUUUUUGGGAGGCUCGACGCGAACCAGCCGCGAUGCGGAGGAGAACAUGUCAAAGGAAGUUGAUAAGGUUUUAAGUAUGCAAAUAGAAGCAGAGAAACAACAACAGCAAGCAGCAGUGCAGCCUAGUUUAUCCAGUGAGCCGCAUGCUGGCUCCACGCAAGCGAACACAGAACCGCCUCGUACACGUUCCGAUUCAGUGUCAACGUCGCAAUCUGAUUCCGAUUUGGUUGAAAUAGAUUUUCCUUUGGGUAAAUUGAAUGACUCCAAGCGCAUCGAUUAUGUUUUACAAGAAGCACCAUUGGAAUUCAUCAACGAGUACAUAUUCGCCAUGGGCGCGCAUGUUUGUUAUUGGGAAUCUGAAGACACGAUACUCUUUGUAAUGAAAGAAAUUUACACAGGACUGGGCAUUAGUCCGGAUAGCCAAGUGCCACAACAGACAAUGACCAUAGAGCGGCCCAGCUCACAAAAUAGCAACACGCUAUCACCCAUCAAUGAGAAACGUUGAUAACCGGCGUAUAUAUGUACAUAAAUAUGUAUCCUGAAUUGACAGCAAUUUUUCUCUGUAUUUAUUUGAUAGUAUAGAAGUGAGUCCUGGGCUCGAAUCGUAACAUCCGAUCACGGAUCGACAACCAUACGAAAGAAAAUUACGUGAUACGUUCACAUACAAUAAUCCGAAAAAGGUGUUUUCACGUGA